AUGAAGCUCUCCCUCGCCCUCCUCGCCGGCGCCGCGUCCGCCUUCCAGAUGGGCAAGCCGCCCGUCCCGCAGGCCAAGACGACCAUGACCGACAACUUCCCCUGGCGCAACCCCUUCACGGCCGAGACGGCCGCCGCCUACGCCGCCGCCUGCGAGGCCGAGGCCACCUUCCCCGCGGCCCAGCACACCCUGCACGACCUCUUCGACGCCCCGCCCGCCGGCCUCGCCCCCUGGGGCGACGGCCUCAAGGCCUUCUUCUCCGGCCGCGAGUACCCCGGCGGCUGGGCCGGCCUCGACCGCCACAUGUACGACCGCAACCUGCUCGUCAUGCGCUACGCCGACAUGCCCCUGCGCGUGCGCGAGUGGAUCGAAGGCCAGGAGCGCGCCGAUGGCGGCGGCGGCGGCGACGGCAAGGGCCUGUUCGCCGUCUUUGACGCCCCGGCCGCCGUCGAGGGAGGCGGGCUCAAGGUCGCGGAGCGCGUCGUCUUCCCCGAGGACGCCGCCGAUGUCGACCGCGCCCUCGACGCCGCGAGGGUCGCCAUCUUCGCCCCGGGCGCGCUGUACCCCGUCCUGCCCCUGUUCGUCGCCGAAGGCAGCGACUGUGAAUCCACCCUCGCCGACCUGGCCAACUACCAGGCCGUCCCCCGAGACGGCGCCGUCGUGGCCUGGCCCGUCAGCCACUCCCGGCCCGACGUCGACAACAACAGGCGGGACAUUGAGUUCACCGUCAAGGCGCGCGUCCUGAAGCUCAACGAGGGCGCGACCGAGGGCGAGGUAGAGACUAAGACCGAGACCGAGACCGAGAAGAAGGCGCCGUCAGACUCGGCCAAGGAGGAGUUGUAG